AUGGGUGGGAAGGGUAAGAAGGGGGCCAAGGGAGCCACCAGUGCCCCAGCGAGCACACACGACGAAGCCGUGUGUGUGUCGGUGGCAACACAGCCACGGCACUAUGAGUAUGUUGCCAAGAUCCCUGCCGAUGCAUUAACAGCCGGUGCUGGCUGGACCAAAGGCGACGGCAAAGCUGCAAUUGGUGUUGAUGGUUGCAAGGGCAAAUCCAAGGGAAAGGUUGCAGCUAGCAAAGGAUCUGGUAAGCUAGCGAGUGGCGGCACAGCUGCUGCCACGGGAGCUGCCGCGAUCAAAGGCGAUGGCAAAGCUGCUAAGGGCAGCAGUGGUGGUGCCGCAAAGGGCAGCGGUAAGGAUACACAGGGCAAUGGUGGUGGUGAGGAUACAAAGGGCAGCGGUAAGGGUGCAAAGGGCAACAGCGGUGGCAAGGAUGCAAAGGGCGUUAAUGGUGGUAAGGAUGCAAAGGGCAGCGGCAAGGGCGCCGGUGCUAAGGGUGCAAAGGGCAUCACUGGUGCUGAGGAUGCACAGGGCAGCGGUGAGGAUGCAAAGGGCGACCACGGUGGCAAGGCUGCAAAGGGCAGUGCUGGUGGUAAGGAUGCAAAGGGCAGCGGUAAGGAUGCAAAGGGCAAGAGUGGUGGCAAGGCUGCCAAGGGCGUCGCUGGUGGUAAGGAUGCAAAGGACAGUGGUAAUGAUGCAAAGGGCGCUGGCGGUGGUAAGAAUGCAAAGGGCAGCGGUGGUAAGGAUGCAAAGGGCCACAGUGCAAAGGGCAGUGGUAAGGAUGCAAAAGGCCACAGCACAAAGGGCAGUGGUAAGGAUGCAAAGGGCACUGGCGGUGGUAAGGAUGCAAAGGGCUGCGGUGGUAAGGAUGCAAAGGGCCACAGUGGUGGUAAGGAUGCAAAGGGCGGCGGUGGUAAGGGCAGCAGCGGAGGUAAGGAUGCAUCAAAGGACCCUGAUCCGUGCACACCCCCACCAAAGUCUCCAGCAGCCAGCCUGAGCACAGGUACUCCCCCGAGCCAGCCAUCCUCCACCAGGUCACCCGAUGUGGAGAAGCCAACAGGCAAAGGAUCCAAGGGAGUACAGGAGAUCGCCCCCAUCACCAAGGGCAACCACUCGAAGGGUAAGGGUAAGAGCCCAGCCGCUGCCACGUUCGAGCAGCCGAGUGGCAAAGGCAAACGCAAGCCUACUGGGGAGCCUGAAGGUCACCAGGUGUGUCGCCGGGUGUCCUUCGGAGGAGGCCAUCUGGGGCCAGGGAAACCCAUUCUCCGUUCGGAUACUGGCAUCUCGACUAUGAGUGACGGCACCGGCCCUGUGGAAAUGGAACCCUUGAGUAUCCCCGAGUCUGACGGUGUCCGACCCUUGACUGAUGAAGAAAGAGCACAGAUCGAGGUGCCCUGCUAUAUCGAUUACAACCACUGGUUCGCCUUUCUGAAGGCAUUCUUGCUGGACAGGGAUCACUUGGCCACCAUCGAGGUGCAGCCAUAUUACGAGGAGCUCUCCGAAAACAAAGAAAAGGAGACCUUCGAGGAACUCCCCCUGGUUAUGAUCAAGCAGAAGUACGGGAAGAAACACCCACAAAGCGACCUCCCCGAUUGGCGAAUUUACAAGGUCUUCAAGAACAUUCUGACAAGCAGUGCCAACGUGAGCAGAGUUGGCAGCAAAACGACAGCGACAAAGGGAGUAUCCGGCAAUAAGGCGGAGCGCACCGCCGUUGCGGAAGUGCUGGAGGGAAAGGCUUCUGAAAUGGGAAAGAUGAUGACGCAGUCGGCAAACUCUUCUAAAGGCAACGGCAAAAACCGCAAUGGAAAGGGACAAAAGGGAAAAAAGGAACUCACUGCGGAGGAGGUGGAAGCCAAGGGCUUCCAGAAGGACUUGCAAGCGAUACGGGACUUGAGUGACAAAUCGAUUUCCGUUGCUGCCGGCCUAGCUCAUUGCGGACUGGAGAACCAAGAAAGCUUGAUCACUCAAUUGGGCCGGAUUUCCACCGAUUGUGGCCGAAUCCGCGACGAGAUCCAGGGCAUGGUCAUCGCAGCCAAGCCGCUUUCGGAGUGCAUUGAGGCCAUGAAUGCAGUCAAGGCGGACCCCCUGAAGGACUAUCAACGACAAGUUCUGGACGCCGAAGGGAUUUACCAGGGCAAAGCGGCCGAGAAGAGAAAGCGUGAGAAAGCCGAGAAGGAAAAGAAAGAAAAGGAGAAUAAAGAAGGCCAGGAAAAUGAUGAGGAAUACGCAGAGGAGCAGGAGACUUGGGGAGAUGAGAAUGAGGAACACUGGCCCGAGGAAAGUUACGAAGAGGCUCCGGCAAAGCGUGCCCGCAGCUAG